AUGGUAGGAGAUGUAAUGCCUUGUGGCCCGCCGAAAAAAGGCCGAAGCGCGGAGGGGAGAAACUGGAAGAGCCCCUCUGAGGAAAGGGGAAGGCGACUAGGUGAGGAAGCACGAGAAGAGGCGGUCAACUUUUUGCGCCUAGUUCAAUUUGAAGGUGGAGAAGCAGAAAGUAUUGCGGAUGAUGUGCCCCAUAUACCUGUUGAAGUUACAUUAAAUAACCCAGAUUACUUUAUAUCCUUUGAGAGCCGCCGACGCAGCCACUGCGCAUGCCCGCCCGCGGCGCCGCCAGCGGAGGGGUCGGGGGCGGCGGCGAUGGUGGCGGCGGGAGAGGCACGUGGGGGGAGGCAGGGCCCGAGCAGCGGCGGCGAAGGCGACCCUCCCGGCAGUGACGGCCUCAGCAGCAGCUCGCAACCAUGGUCGCGGCGACGGUCUCCAGCUGGCCCCGCGCGCUGCGCCCCGCGGUCGCCGCUGCCUGCGCCGGCGCCCGCGCGCCCCGCCGCCACCUCGCCGCUCCUGCGCUCCCCGUGCUUCUCUUCAACAGGAAGUAAUGGAGAUGACAUAAGGAAAUUUACGAAUGAUGCAAUUGCACGCGCAUUUCAGUUGAUACAAGCUAGUCGUAGCGAGGCAUUUUCACUCAGCACGCAUCUAGCAUCAAAGGCCUGCAAGACUCCAGAAUUCUGCUUCCUGCUUGCUAUUCUGGAACAAAUGGUUCCGUGCCUUUCGUCAUUAGAUUUUGAUUAUCUAAAAAGCUUAUUCGAGUGA